ACUGACAAGUUAGAAGUCAAUCUCUGGGGCACUUAAUUUCCAAGAAACUUGCUCAUCGUUCACAACCAAGAAGCCGGCCAAUUUUCAAUGUUUCGAUCGUAUCCAUAUAUAUCAAUAAAGUGUUGUUGACUUCAUCAGUACCAUUAUUGUAGCUUGAGUACAUUUGGAGUGGAGCUGCCGAAGGAAAAUUAAUUAUGGAUGCUGGAGGAGCUGCACUUGGGGCAGGAUUCGGGUUGCUUUUGGAAACUGUAAAAGAAAGUAUUGACAAAACUGUGAUGUUCAAACCCACGUUGAAGAGCAUCAAAGGCACACUAGAAUGUUUGCAGCCUCUGAUCCAAGACAUAAAAGGAUUGAACAUGGAGUUGGAUUUGCCAGAAGGGGAAACAACUGAUUUUGAUUUGGAAAUGAAGCAAGGAGAGAAGCUGGUGGCCAAGUGUUCCAAGGUUAGUCGAUGGAAGUUUUUCAAAAAAAGCCGUUACACAGGCAAGUUGCUAGAACUGGAUCAGACUCUCAAGAGGUUGAUUCGGAUUCUACAGGUGCAGGGAACAAGGGAUACGAAGGAGAAUUUGAAGUUGACGCGGGAGAUCCACACCAGUUUCAUAAGAAACAAUGGAGGCAAUAAUCGAGUGGUGUGUGAUUCGAUUAUAUCGGCCAGAACGUGCGGUGUACCACAGGUUCUCCCUCCGCUUAUUAUGGGAAUGGAUGAGGCUUUGGAGGAAUUAAAGAUGAGACUACUGCUUAAAGAUGGUGCAUCCUUGCUUGUAGUCACUGCUCCUGGAGGUUGUGGGAAGAAGACCCUCUUAGCUCAAAAAUUCUGUCUUGACCAUCAAAGUCCAAGACAUGGAGAACCUUUUUAUAUAUGAUUUUACGAAAUAAUAGCACUGGCAGAUCCUG